UCAGUAACAGUGAACACAACAGUAAAUGGAUCAGGUUUUUGGAAUUGCUCCAGUCUGAUAAAUCCAGAAGCAGGAAAAAUUGGAACAACAGUUGCUCUUAGUUUGAGCCUCGUUUUCUCGCUGGUUGGAAAUUCUCUCAUCGUAUUAAUUGUUUACAAAACACAAACUUUGAGAAAACCGAUUAAUCUGUUGAUUGCAAAUAUGGCCUUUUCCGACCUGCUCUAUCUAACAUGUCUGUUCCCUGUUCAACUGGCAGAGAUGCACGUUGGCUCGUGGCUUAUUGGUGGUACCCUUGGUCAAGCCUUAUGCAAGCUACACACUUUUCUUGCAGAUGCUUCCUCGUUCGUUUCGAUUCAGAGCUUAGUUCUGAUAGCAGUGGAUCGAUUUGGAGCUGUUGUGGUUCCACUCCGCUCUCCUCUCAUAACUAGAAAGCUGUGUUCAUUCUUUAUUAUCGCUACGUGGUUCAUAGCAAUGGCUGUUCUUUCGCCAUUUCUUGUUACUUAUAAACUUGUUAAAUACCAAGGACGACUGAUGUGCGAAAGUCUGUGGAUAGAAGCCUUCGGAGGGAACACAUAUCCAAAUUACACCCUAGCAGUUGUUGUCGUGUUUUUCUACAUCCCCUUUGUCCUCGUGGUGAUACUUUACUCUAUCAUCUUGAUGAAGCUUAAAAUGCAAGCCCAUCCAGGUGAACAGUCAGCCAACGCCGAAGAACAACGCACCAGAAGGAACAGAAACGUGCUUAAGAUGGCCAUUGCUAUCGUUGUAGUGUUUUUUAAUUGCUUGAUACCUUGUUUCAGUAACUUUGUGAUAGUUGGUUUUAGUGCACCAGACAGUUCCAUUUGGUUUUCAUGUACUUUUGUUCUAUACGUUAUUGUCGCCCGUUAUAUAUCUUACACAAACUGUGCUAUCAACCCGAUUAUCUGCUUCAUUGUUAGCAGUAAUUAUCGUCAAGCACUUAAGAGACUUGUAAAUUGCUGUGAUACAGUGAAAGAUUAG